AUGCUGGAUUCGGAGUUGUCGAACUGGGAGCGUACGUUUUUCCACGAUCUCAACAAGGAUGUACUUUUUAUGGUGCUGAAUACUGCUAAUUAUAUGGGGAUUUCUGGCCUCGUUGGCGCAGGAUCAAGUUACAUAGCGGAAAUGAUUUCGGGUAUGACGUUAGAAGAAACAAGAGCAUAUCUGAAUGUACCUCCGAAUGAGGAUAACGAGGAUGAGCAACUCCGGAAGAAAUAUCCUUGGCUCCUUCUCUAG